AGUCUUAUCGAACCAUUAAUCAACCUGUAAACAUGUAUGACAAGUCUGACCGUAGCCUCUCCUCCUCCCCCCUACAGAGACCCAUACAUCUUCAACCUGUUCGAGGUGCUGCUAACGACACUGGAGACGAAGCUACGUCGUGUUGAGAACAUGGACCGGGCCCUUGAGAGACUGGUCCGCCGCCUCGACACUGUGGAGACCCGUCUGGCCAUCAACCUCAACACUACUACGCAGAUGGUCCACCUGCUGGAGACAAGACUUAUCGACCCCAACACCUACAGAGAUAGCAGCAGUAGUAGCAGCAACAGUAGAAGUAGUAGUGGCAGCAGUAGCAGAAGACGAACCGAAGAGUCACGCAGCAGUAGCGACGGAAGAGGCUCAACGGAGGAGAUCAAGACCAUGAACAGUCUAAUGGAACAGCGACUGUACCUUCUGACGGAGCAUGUGGCCAGAAUCGACAGUAAGUUGUCGAGUGUACAGAAGGCACUCGACACUAACAGUAUUGUCAUGCCGCAAGACGAACUGGUGGCCGCCGCCUCCGAGAGCUACCGCAGUACUCACUCUACUCUCUCACUCUAUCUGCCUGCCUUUAAAACUUGCCUCCACCCUCAACUCCCUCUCAACCUCCACCCACAGACGCCGGCCAUGAAUCAACUUCAAGAGUCUAUAGAAUCCGUGAGAGAGUCGGUGACGUCUAUGGACCAUCGUCUACAGUUUCAUAUGGCCUAUGUGUCCGGGGACCUGGAGCAGCUGGCGGGCUCUGUGAGGAACAUACACACAGCCAUACUGGAAGAUCAGACCUUUUCCAUCGACACCACCACCCAGCCCACUAGCAGGAACAUGACGAGGACGGCACCACGCACCAAGAUCGACUCCUUGGUAGAAAAGAUGUCACCCAUGGAGACAGUCUGGGAGAAGAUGGAAGAAGUAUGGGACGUGGUGGUGGGGACCAAGAGCUCAGUGGACGUGCUGGUGCCGAAGAGCGAGGCGCUGCUCAACACCAGCCAGAGACAAGAGCGAGCCAUCUCUACCAUACAGUCUGACCUCACCGAGAAGGCCAACCGGAUUAUUCAGAACCUCGACCAGGUAGAGCAGACGUUGAAGACCAUGCCCCGAGAAGGGAACCUGCAGCGGGACCACAUCAACCCUGUGUCCCUGUUGCACCGCUCUACUGCCCCCCAUCAGGUUGAGGACGACACCCCCGCUGAUGACCCCCCAGGCGACCUCGUUGACCAGAGCUUCUUGACGGAACACAACACCACCGACAUCCUGACCACCACAGAGAGGCCUAUAUCCAGGAGCCCCGUCGGUCCCUCGGGCGUGGUGUUCCCCUCAGUACAAAGGAAACCGGUCACCGUCAACACCACCUUCAUAGUCAACGAAAUGAGUAACCAGAACAUUAAGCAAGGCUUCUCGUGCGGUGAUAUGAGCGAGAAGGGAAUGAGAGACAGUGGCACUUACUACCUCAAGAUCAGAGGCACAACUUACUGGUUCCUCAAGGUCUUCUGCGACAUGGGUACUUCUGGAGGUGGCUGGACGGUAAUCCAGCGACGUGAUGAUUAUGGGGAGCCUCGCGAGACCUUCAACCGAGAAUGGGAUGAUUACAAGCACGGAUUUGGUAACCCCGAGGCGGAGUUCUGGUUGGGUAAUGAAAACAUCUAUAUGCUGACCAACACUGACGACUACAUGCUGAGAGUCGAGCUGGAGGACUUUGACGGCAACAGAAGAUACGCUGAGUACUCGACCUUCAAACUACACAGCGAGAAGGACGACUACAAGCUAGAGAUCGGUGGAUACUCGGGUAACGCUGGCGAUUCUCUCAACGACCCUUGGUACGGCUCCAACCUCAGCCCCUUCUCCACCGUGAACAGAGAUAAUGAUCGCUCCAGCCUCAACUGCGCCUCUAUGCUGAAGGGUGGGUGGUGGUGGCGCUCCUGUGGGCGAGGACUUAAUGGCAUCUACUUAACAGACCCCAACGAUCUUACCGCCAGACAAGGUAUCGUGUGGUUCAGAUGGAGGGGGUGGGACUAUACCCUCAAGAAAUCUGUACUUAUGAUCAGGCCGAAGAAUAAGAACAGGAAAUCUUCAUAAUAAGGAAAGUGCUGAAGAAAGGAGAAGGAGAGAACAAUGAAAACAACACCGAAGGGAAGAAAAGGAAAAAUCAUAACGAAAGAAACGCCUUGAACGUGAAUGAAGGAAGACGGUGAAGGAUAAUCUAUGUAUUGAAACUGAAAACUAAAAAAAAAUAUAACUUUGGGUUUUUACUCCAUGACUUGGGUAGUAUAGGCAGAGAUUUUGAGUAUAAUUCGUAAGAACAAUGUCGUCUGCUCUACUGGGAAAAAAUUAUACGAUGUAAACAUUAUGAAGGUGAUGGUGGGUGCUGGGAACGUUCAUAGGCUGGCUCACUGAGAGGAGUGACACAUUCGUUAGUUAAAACCAAAAUAUUACACCGAAAUGUCGAAGGAAAUUAACUGCUCUCUCCAUUCGCUUUUGUUAAGCAUUAUAUAAUAAAAAAAAAGAAUCCUUACGAGUACUUUAGGAAGAAAGCUAUGUAUAUAUUUUUUGAUGAUAGUUAAGUGCAAUACUAAGAUUCUUUUCUAAAUAUACUGUAUUAUUUUACGAUAGUUAGAGAAUAGUUAUAUAGCUUUACCUCCUACUUUAUCAAGAUGAAUACUGGUUUUGGAUUAAGUGCUUUAAAGAACACGACUUGAGUCAUCUCACUUUAACUUGUACAGACUCGUGUAGUUUAGCUUGUGUGCUGUGAGGCCCUCAGCCUUGUGGGUCCUGCCGCGUCGCUAGCUUACUAUAAGACUUGAACCAAUACCAUACAGACGAAACAGCGCCAGCACAAGCAUACAGUAAGGAUUGGCAUUCCCCUCCAACUCGCAAACGCUCGAAUGCUACGCCAGACAGUUGUUAGCUCGCUCUCUGGUUUAUUAUCACCACUGGAGCGAAGUCUUAGUUUGAUGAGUUAAGAGUGAGCAGACUGUACCGUGUUGUAUCAAGUAUUACGGGACCUGCUCUGUUAUGUGUCUAUAUGUGGUCUUCUGCAUAUACCUUCCACUAGGUUUAGAUAGUAUAGAUUUAUUUAUUUUUUUGGGAAUCUCUUUUACGAAAAAAAUCAAUCCCCUUACGAGUUCUUGUUCAGCUCCACACACACACACACACACACACGAUUCGUCAAGACACCUUCACCCACCACCCCAGAGCUCAGGUGUGAACGUGCAGGUGAGACGUGAUUGCCAGGUGUAAGAGUUAAAUAUUCUGUAUGGUCAUUCCUCACACUAAGAAGACCAUGUAUAGUGUAUGAUGGAACAUUCCCCCUAGUGUAUAAGGUGGUAUGGUACAAUCAUACACCUGUUUGAAUCAGGUGCCGCCCAGCCAAAGGUGUACAAGUCAUCCCUGUGUUUAUCGUCCAUAACGCAGGUAGAUAAAACUGUCGUCGCACGAUACACAUGUUAUUCACACACACACACUGGUACUUGGGGUAGCGUAGACCGUCCUGUGAAGGUGACCUGUGUAUAUAACAGACCAUGAUUUAAGCUGUCUAUUUCGAGGAACUGAUAUAGGAGGUGUGAAAUGAUCCUCUCAGCCUUCCAGCCAAACCAGUUGAGGUGAAUUACUAUUGCUAGAUUAAACCUAACCAAAUUGUCUUGGUGGUUGUGAAGAACGUGUGUGUUGUUAUUGACUUUUUUUUUAAUUUACAUGCUGACUUGACGAAUCCUUUAUGUAUGUUUAUGUACAGCAUUAUAUUUGCCUGGAGAAUUUUGAGCAUUCGUUGUAUGCCCGGUGUAUACAAGACCUAAAGCGUUGUAUGUCUGAGUGAGUGUUUGUGUAUUUAGAGUGGUGGCAGCUGGUCACAGAGGGAGAUAUGUUGCUCCCGACUUAUAUAUUUUUAUAUAUGUAUCUUACCUGUAUAUUUUUUUGCUUGUGUAGUGCAGCAGUGUAAUCCUUGUACAUGAAGCUUCAUAUGACCCACUUCUUUUGUAAGUACGGUUUUCCUCCUCUUAUUUUAUACCACCACCUUCAGUCUCUAUACCACUGACGCUAAUGAAAUUAGUAUAUUUUUUAGGCACAUGUUUUCUUGUUAAUUUUUGUUGAGACAAGAUAAAGGAAAGAGUUUAUUGAGGCCAACUUAUAUAUACAGUACAUGGUGAGGCUCUGCUUCGCUCACUCAAAGAGGCUAUAUCAUAAUUGUUUCGGGUUUAGAGCGAUGUUUACAGGAGUUGUUCACUAAGCCAUAGUUUACUGUCAGGUGACGAGAGAGACAGGUAGUGUUUACCUUCACUGUCUACCAAGGAGUUCCACAUCACCAUGAAGACCCAGAAAAAGGAACAAGUUCACAACCAACAUUUUAUCAAACAAUUACAAUAAUAUUAUCAAAAUCUCUUUUACAGUCGUGAUCAAAUAACAUUGAAAUAACCACAGAGGAGAAAUUUAUGUCAUUUAUGGUGAUGGAAUUUUCUAUUACAUGAGGUGACCAGAAUAAUUUACGACUCCCAGAUAGGCCAGACGAGUGAAUGACCAGAAACAAAAAAUUAAUAAGUUUUGGGAGAGAAGAGCAUUAGUUCAAAACGGCUGUCAUGUUACAACUGGAUGGUAGAGACAGCACCGGGAUGGUUCUUUUCUGUCCAGGAGUUAGAUAAGCUCGUCUGUUUUCUCUCAUAUUCUGUUUAACUGGAAUUACAGUACACAGAACGAUCUUUGUAAAAACACUGUAGUCAGAACCUCUACUAGAUAGAAGGUAGUAAGUAUCCGGUGUUCGACUAUGGUCACUUAUCUGGUUAAUUAUAAUGGUUGUCUGCUGUGUUCACAAUAAUGGUUCUGGAUCAUACUUUUUGUUCUAGUUCUUUAUAAUGGUAUUCUGGUUUAUUAUAAUGGAUUCUGGUUCAUUAUAAUAAACUACGGUUCAUCAUAAUGGUUCUGGUUCAUUAUAAUGGUGUUCUAGCUCAUUACAAUUGGUUCUGGUUCAUUAUAAUGGUGUUGUAGCUCAUUAUAAUGGUGUGAGACUCAGAGGCCGCUUCUCAGGUCAUUCUCACUAAACUAGGUAACUCUCUAUCCUGUCUGUUGAUGUGGUAUUAAUACUUGAAGAUGACAUAAACUACAAAAUUAUCUAAUACAAAAGUACUACGUGUUAUUGAUGUGUUAUUGAUACUUAAAGACGACAUAAACUACAAAAUUAUCUAAUACAAAAGUACUACGUGUUAUUGAUGUGUUAUUGGUACUUAAAGACGACAUAAACUACAAAAUUAUCUUAUAUUAAACUUCUUACUAUGUGUUUGGUGGACGUUAACUCAGUCUUGCCUGAAGAAAUAUAAUUAUUAUUACGAUUGAAUUUCUAUUUAGUGACAAAAUAAAAGGUUGUUCGCCUGUAAAUGUAGUUUAAACAAGGUGAUUCAACUGUUAGUCCUUAUCAACAACAUACAAACGGAUCAUCUGUUCCUGUAUAAAAUAAAUCAAGUAAUUAUGGAUGUAGGAUGGGUAAAUAUCAUGUGUGACGUCACGGCUCAUAAGGCAAGCACCAUCAUGGAUAGAAGUUGUACAGAGCCGGAAAUGUGUGCUCACGGUCUAUAGAGAUCGUGUAUGAAAUAACAACAAAACAUUCCUACAUAUAUGUUGCCGAAGACUGGAGUGAUUCACGGUAUUUCUUUGUUUUAUAACUACUGUAGACGACACUGUAGUUAUCACCAAAGUCUGGACGAGACGCUGUCUCUCAUGGCAGUUUUCAACCUUGUAAUAAUAAAAACAGUUAUGAAGGA